UUUUUCUGGUAGAAGACUCAAAAGUGCGCCAUCAGACGAGCACAGCAGGCGCAAUCGAAGUGUCAUCGGCUGGUAAUUCAAUCAUCUUGAUCGGUAAUGAGGCCCAGACAGGAGACAAUAAAUUGUCCUAUGUGCUGUAGUGAGGUUAGAGAGGAUCUUUUCGCAUGUCUGUCGUUUUUGAUCAAGUUUUAUCAAGUGAAGCCUUCUCGCUCUUCUUCCCUAUCCAGGACCGACGCACCGAGCUGAAAUUGAGCCAAUACGCGGCACCUGUAUGAUGUGUCACCAAUAUUAUUAUUAACUAUCUAUAGAAUAUCAGAAGUUCCUGUGCCUGAUACAUAGGUUCUACAAUUUUGUGUCAGAAGCUGGGGGUUAUAUCUCGACCGAGUUCGCCCUCGCUGACCUCUGUCAGUCUAGUAGUGCAUGUGGUGUCUCUGUCUCUCGGCUUUUGAUGUUGUUGAUAGUGUUUAUAUGUUUUAGAUCUACUGUGGUAUAUGUACGUUUCAUUGAUUCUUUACGAUGUCGUGUUUCAUGUUGUUAGAUUUAGCAGCAAGUUUUGAGGAACACGAGCAAGAACAAGAUUGAAAACUUGUGCAUGUGCUGGCGCCGUUCGUAGGUUUAGCGAACCCCGCACAAAAAUGAACUGCGCCCGCUGACCUCGGAGUUUUUCUAGUUUGGCAGAUGAAGGCUGGGAGCUUUCACCCAAGUCGAUUCGCCACGGACCGCCCGCAUCCGUCUGCGUCUCGGCCCGAAAUCGGUACGCAAAAGCCGUAAGGAAAGGGGGGCUCUGCUCCGUCCCGGAGAGAAAAAUAGACCUAUAGCACAGCUGGAUAGAAGCCAAACUCGAGUGCGUCGAUGGAUAUAUGUUCUUGCUCUUGGAGUUGGACUAUGUUAGUUUUAGUACUGGUAAUGCUUUCGUGUUUGUGUACUUGUUUCCGUUUUGUAGAUAGAUGAAAGACGAUAUAGUUGUUCGAAGAUUUUUGCCUGCGAAAAAUGUCUCUUCAUUCAUUUUCUGUGGUGCCUGUGAAGUACAACAAUUUUGAUUCACAGCCCCAAUGUUGACAUCGAGAACAAGUCGAUUUCAACAUUUUUUCAAGAAUUCCGGCAAAUGAAGAUUUGUCGAGCGCCGCACUUGUGCUGCUGCGGUGAAACUGAAAGCUGUUGCGGAUGAAUCUGAAUGAAUGUCAUUCCCAUUCGAGCGUCGAAAUAAACGAGUCGAGGAUCUGAAAAAAUGUGUCGAAUAAAACGAGGAUCGGAAAAAAUGCGCCGAAUGAAAUGAGGAUCUGAAAUUUCAAAUCGUCACAAGCUCGGUUUUGUGUGGUAAACCUAUUUCAAAAACUGCCUCGAUCCUCCGUCUAACGAUGAAGUUCUGUUCAAGUUCAUAUAUUUGUCAUGUCACAUAAAACCUUGCAGCAGUUAGUUUCGCUUGGAUCCUAGUCAUGACGGACAACGACCGCAGCCACUUCUCGUUGCACAAUAAAGAGAAACAAGAACGUGUGACUACGUCCUUUUGUCGAUGUUGUUCCCGCCUCACCGAUCCGGAACCAAAAAAUUGAGAUCAUUGCGAAAAAACAACGUGGAUCUUUUCGAAAGAUUGUAGUUGAGCUCCUCUCGUUUCCUGAUGAUGGAUCUUGGUCUUGAUCUUUACGAUGAGGUAUGUUGCCAAAAAGAUUUUCUUCCGCCAAGGUGAUCAGGAGCAAGUUCAUCAAGUUGAUGUGAAACGAUACUCCAGGAGGUAGAAAUACUACGUGCAGCCACGUUAUCCUUUCUUUUCCCUUUAUUCACAUGAACAGGAAGCCAAGGCUAGUAGGCUCGACAUAGGCAAAAAUUGUUUCAUUCGAGAUGGCGCUGUCUUCAGUUCCAAUCAAGUGCAUUAACACGUCUUUCUUUACCUCUGCGUUCUUUACUGAUGCAUGAAUCGGUUGUAGCCUAGAAGUGUAGCAGCUCCGGCUUUUCACGAAAACUUCCUACUCGCGACCCGGGUAGUUUGACUUAGCUUAUCGCUUUACCAAAAUAAAACUACACAUCAGCUUAGUCUUUCUUUGCUCACAGAAGAAAUGGAAUUCGUUCGGCUGCAGCAACUGUACCGGCCCGGUGCCAAGGCACUGCACGCCUCCUCCGAAACGGGCAGCGAAUUUGCGAACUAUCGAAAACGAGUGGAAAACAAGGAAGACAGCGAGGUGACCGGCCUGGCCUACAAUGCGGAGAAGGGACAGUUCGCCGUUGCGCACUCAACCAAGAUCUCCUUUUGGAGUUUGCGGACGAAAGAGCAAGUGCUGCAGAUCAACAAGUUCAAGGACUUCACAACCUGCAUGCACGCGAGGGACGACGGGAAACUGCUCGUCGCAGGCGAGGCAGGAGGCUCGCUCGCAGUGAUAGAAUGGAGCGAGGGAAGGUACAGAUUUUCAUAAAUACGUCAAUUCUUCUAUAGCUUUUGACGAUUCAGUUUGUUAUUGUUGGAGAUGUGGAUGUAAUUGCUCGUCCAACUUUUUGGUCUAAUUGUUCCGGUCAUGAUCGUUUGGUUUUUGCAUGUGACAACUCCAUACCUCCGCCUAACAGCGUCCUUCGUCGUCUCCGGGGCCACACGAAUACCCCAACGUGUUGCGGCUUUUCCACUAACAAAACCCAAAUUUUGUCUGGCGGGAAGGACAGAACCUUGCGCCUUUACGACAUCACUUCCUCCACCGGAACCGGGUCCAUCAUGACGUGGAACCACGCGCACGCCGAUUUCGUGCAGGCGCUCUGCCCCAGCCCCGACCAGAGUAACAUUUGGCUCACGGGCGGUGCGGAGGGAAUUUGCAAAAUCUGGGACAGCCGGGUGUCCAAUUCUAAUGCGCGAACAGCUAGUACUUCCGGACAAUCGAGUUCAACAUCAGCAGGAGGAAACAAUAACGGGUGUGUGGGCAGUUACAGCUACGGGAAUAGCGAGGCUGGAACUACGUCUUUGGAUCCGGUGAGCUGCGUCCAGUUCUACCCCGGCAGCACCAUGUUUGUCGCCUCAGCGGGGACCAACAUGCGGGUUUUCGACGUAAGGAUGAGCUCGGACACAGGUAGAAAUUACGGCAAUCAAUUGUCUUUUGGGUCUGAAAACUACAAACCGCUUGAAGAAUGUGAACCAGCCUUGUAAGCUUGAUAACAAGAACUGUGGUCGCAACCACAAGGUGAAAUAAAUGCGAUUGGGAUCAUCAUGUUGAUGUCAAAUGAGUCUUUUGCUGAAAUAAAGAACGCUAUCAAACGAUCGUCCUAUGAACAACUUCCACAUCAGCCGUCGUCGCAACUUUCGGCGGUCAGCACCACACGAAAGAUUUGAGUCAUGUGGACGUCAGCCCCUCCGGCCGCUACCUCCUUUCCUCCUCCCUCGACGGCACCAACCGGGUGUGGGACAGCGCGGACUACACACCGCUCUUCACCUACAACAACGACACCACAGCGGUCCGACUCGGAAAAUUCUUCACCGACGACCUGAUCGCGACCGCGCAGCAGAACGGAAGCUGGUGCGUCCGGAAAAAGAAUUUAAACAACAACGGCAAGCAGGGGGAUCAGAAGCGGAAGAUCAUCAAAAACAAAGCCCCCGGAAGGGGGUUGCCGUUAACCGCCAGGUACUACAAGCGCGGCGCGGAGCAACCAGUCCCGGACAUCGAGAAGGACGGAUCGGUGACCGAAGUGAUUCAGUUGAAAAAGCAAAAGCUGAACCAGGUGGAAAGCGCAUUGAAGAACUUCCAGUACAGAAAAGCCCUGGAGAUUGCGAUCGUGAAGAACACAAAUUUGAGCUACGCCUUGUCCUUUUUGGACGAACUGGAGUCCCGAUCAGCGCUGCACCAAGCGGUCCAAAACCUCCCGGAGACGGUGUGCUUGCAGGUUUUGUAUCAUUUGAAGCAACUUCCCCACACCAGAGUCAAGAUGGGGAAUCUGCUAGACAAAUCACCCAGCUCUGGUCGUUUGGCAUGACAAGUUUCUCCUCGUGCUGUAAUCCUGUUUAGGUACUUAGUUCAGCAGCAUCACAGAUCCAGUAUAUCAUGCGGAUUGUAGCAUCACAAAUUCCAAAGGACGACUAGAAAAUGCCUCUCAUGGCGCUCCACAUGACAAACUUUUUUGGCAUGCAGAUUUGCAUGACAACUCUGGUGUGGGUACGUUUUUACUCAGGAUAUUUUGCAGUGGGUCCUCCGGGUCAUCGACGUGCAAGAGGCCGUGACCUUCCGGCGAUUGAUAGUGAGCCUAUUUCACGCGGUGGUAGACGCGAACGGCGCCGUUGUGGCGGAAAACGAAAGGAUAAUGCAGGUUAUCAACCUUCUCCGCGACAAAGUUGGCCGGGAAUUGUCUCUCCAGGAAAAGACCUUGCGACCAUUACUGGGAAUGCUGGACACAGUUCUGUCCGCAUAGCGUGGUUGUGAUGACGCUUAUCUUGCGGACUGUCUGCUGUCAACAUUCGCAGCUUCGUGCAAAACUAUUUCACAUUAUUCACGAUUUUUUCCCAAUCGAACUUUUUUUCUGUGCGCUGCUGAAGACUACUUACGUCCAUCGUGGUGAGCU